GCCCCCACCGAGCCGGGGCCUUUGCUGCCAGCUCGGGGCCUGGGGCAGGGGGUGGAGAGAGAGGCCCGGAGCACAUGACGCCCCCCGCCCGGCCCGCCCAGCGCAUGACCCAGGCCCGCCGGCGGGGUCCCGGCAGACUUGGGCCGUGUCCUAGAACACCAGUUAUUAUGGCCUCCCCGCGCCUCGGGACUUUUUGCUGCCCCACGCGCGACGCCGCCACGCAGCUCAUGCUGAGCUUCCAGCCGCGGGCGUUCCACGCGCUGUGCCUGGGCAGCGGGACGGUCCGCCUGGUGCUCGGCCUCCUGCAGCUGCUGUCGCGGCGCCGGCGCGCCUUUCCCGGGGCGCCCUCCGCAUCCCCGCCCGUUUCGGCCCGCGCCCCGGCGUCCACCCGAAUCCUGCGCAUCGCCACCGCCUGCGACGUGCUAGGCUGCCUGGGUAUCGUGGUACGGUCUGCCGUGUGGCUAGGACUCCCGGAUUUUGUGGAAAACGUCUCCAGAGAAAACGGGACAGACAUUUGGCCAGCCGCCUUCUGCGUGGGGAGCGCGGUGUGGAUCCAGGUGCUGUACAGCGCCUGCUUCUGGUGGCUGUUCUGCUACGCGGUGGACGCCUACCUGGUGAUCCGGAGGUCAUCGGGGCUGAGCAUCCUGGUGCUUUACCACAUCAUUGCCUGGGGACUGGCCGCCCUGCUCUGUGCUGAGGGGCUGCUGAUGCUUUACCACCCGUCCCUGUCCAGGUGCGAGAGGGGCCUGGAGCACGCCAUCCCCCACUACGUCACCACGUACCUGCCGCUGCUGCUGGUCCUCCUGGCCAACCCCAUCCUGUUCCGCAAGACCGUGACGGCGGUGGCCUCCUUACUCAAAGCAAGACAAGGCGUUUACACAGAGAAGGAGCGACGCAUGGCAGCCAGGAUCCAGAUCCGGUUUUUCAAGAUGAUGCUGGUUUUCGUGGUCUGCUGGGUGUCAAACCUCAUCAACGAAAGCCUUUUAUUCUACCUCGAGAUGCAAGCCGACGUCCGUGGUGCCUCCUUGAAAUAUGCCAGGAAUGCAGCAAAGACCACGUGGUUUAUCAUGAGCAUGCUGAACCCUGCCCAGGGCUUGCUCCUGUCUCUGGCCUUCUACGGCUGGACCGGCUGCAGCUUGGACCUGCGCCCUCCCCGGAGGGAGAUCCAGUGGGAGCCCGUGAUGUCCUCGGCCACCGAGCAGGCCUUCCCCAGCCACGAGCGCCCCUGUGUGCCCCGCGACAGUCCCGCUCCCAGGAAGCUGGUGCGCGUGAACGGGCACACUUCCGACGAGGCCCUGAGCAUGCUGUCUGCGGGUUCCGAUGCCAGCACAAUUGAAAUCCAUAUUCCCAGCGGGUCCCGCAAGGUGAAUGAGGCCGAAUCCAUCCCCAAGAUCCAGGGAGACCUGUGAGAGGGGCCGACCCCAUAUCCCCUGCUCUGCAUCUCUUAUGCUUCAAAAUUGUGUUCUCACCUUCCCAUCUCUGCUCUCUCAGCACGAAGUUAGAGCGUCCCCCCAGGGACCCUCUUUGCGAUGAGAAAUGACCCAUGAGCGUGCACUUGGGAAUGGAAAAAUUCCUUCCAGACCAGCGAUUUUCAACUGGCGAUGUGCCAUGAGAUUUUUUUUUUUACAUAUGCAAUACUUGACUAUUUAGUUAGGGGCACUGACCUUUUUCCUCAGAUUAUCAAAUAAGAAAAAAAGAAAGAAAACAGCCAACACGAUAGCCAUCAGUGUGAAUGAGUCAAAAUUAUACCUAUUUUCUGUCAGAUCAGUAGAAAUUAUAUUUUGGGGUGUGCUGCAGAAUUUUAGUAAUUAGUUUAUGGGUGCCAUGAGAUGGAAGAGGUUCCAAGUCACUGUUCUAGGGCAAAUGCUGAGCAGCUUCCGUAGAUGCUGUACUGUAAUGCCAGG